UCCUGAAGUCCACUCUUCGAUGGCGAUGGUCCAGCUCAGAGUUUCGUCUAUUUAAGUUCGGUUCUCUUGUCAGUACUACUGGGCCUUAAAGUAGAAUGUGAGCUAUUUUAACUUUGUCUUGGGUGCUUUGUGGGACUUGAAAUGUAACCCCAAAAAAUUUAAUAGAUAAAAUAAAAAUGAAAUCAAAGCGUCGCAGUCGGGGCUCGCGGUCCUCGGACACUUUAGGACCGGUUGACAGAUGAGAAGGACCCGGAUGUCUGCUGGAUCGUCCCCUGCAGAGCUCCCACAGGCCUGGAAGGAGGAAGAGGCGUUGGUGGAUCUGCAGGGAUGUUCUGCUCUGGACCAGGAGGAGCCAGAACCUCCACAGAUCAAAGAGGAACGAGAGGAGCCCCAGUCUCCUCGGAUCAAAGAGGAACAGGAGGAGCUGUGCACCCCCCCAGAGGAUGGCGUGAAGCAGGAGGACGGGGCCUUUCUGCAGCCUCUCUUCACACCCAAACCUGAAGAAUCGUCUGGAGCUUCUGACAGCGACGAUGCACAGACGGAGGAGGAGGCGGAUGUUCAGCGCAGACUCUCAGAAAUCACCUGGAGUCCAACAAAUCUACAUAAGACUGAUCUCCCACAGCAGCAUGAGUGUAAGGAUGAAGUGGAGGAAGAGGAGCCGCCAUGUCUACAGGCAGCUCACUCCAGGUCCCAUAGCGAAGAAUCAAAAGAAAAUCAAGAAGAUCAUCGCGUCAGCAGUGUGGAGUCUAACCUCUUAGAGGGGCAUUAUGGUAAAAAGUCCUUAGGGGUGAAACACAACAGCACAGGGGGGGGGCACUGAUCGAUCUGCCCUGUUUUCCUUUAUGUUGGACGAUCGACUGAUAUUCACUGAUCUUAUCUGCCUCCACAAAAGCCUUAAAAUCAUAGUUUACCCAGAUCUUUAAUCAGAGGUUCACUGAUCUGCUUCAUCGACCACAGACCACUAGAACAGUGUUUUCAACCUGUGUGCCGCGCACAAAAACAUUUCCUAUCUACAGGAUAUCAGCUCUUUGUUCAUCCAAACAGGCCCUGAUAAAACACUGAGUAGUUAUAAAUAAGAAAGAUUGUAAGAUACCUUUUUCUUUUUGUUUAUUUGAUUCUAUUAAAGAAAUUUUGAUAAGAAUGACGGUACCGCGAUUUAGAUGCAGCUAUAACUGUGUAAGGAAAAGU